GAAGGUGUGUUUAGUUUGUAGGUUUCGGUAGCGCAGCCUCAUUCCUGCGGUGGCGUUUCUUUCGGUCACUGUUAGCUCAAACUUGUGUUUUGUAUCUGUCCACUGCUUUUUUUUUUUUUUUACACGGAUAAACGUUUUUACGCUAAAAACCGUUUAUGGUCCUGGCUGAAGAUUUCACCAUGUCUCGCACCGACGAGGUUCAUCGCAUGACGGAAAAUGUGUAUAAGACCAUCAUGGAGCAGUUCAACCCCUGCUUACGGAACUUUGUUGCCAUGGGGAAGAACUAUGAGAAGGCCCUUGCCAGUGUGACAUUUGCUGCAAAAGGCUACUUUGAUGCCUUGGUCAGAAUGGGUGAACUGGCCAGUGAGAGUCAGGGAUCCAAAGAUUUGGGUGACGUGCUGUUCCAGAUGGCUGAAGUCCACAGACAGAUCCAAGUGCAGCUAGAGGAAAUGCUGAAAUGCUUCCACAACGAGUUGCUCUCUGAGCUUGAGAAGAAGGUGGACCUGGAUGCUCGCUACUUGACUGCCGCCUUGAAAAAAUACCAGAUGGAACACAAGAGCAAAGGGGAGAGUUUGGAAAAAUGCCAAGGUGAACUCAAGAAGCUCAGAAGGAAGAGCCAAGGCAGUAAGAACCCUUCAAAGUAUGGAGAAAAGGAAAUGCAGUUUGUGGAGACCAUUAGCAACAAGCAGACAGAGCUAGACACCUUCAUUGCUGAGGGCUACAAGACUGCUUUGUCAGAGGAGCGUCGCAGAUACUGCUUCCUCGUGGACCGACAAUGUGCUGUGGCCAAAAACAGCAGCGCCUAUCAUGGAAAGGGAAAAGACCUUUUGACCCAGAAGAUCCCAGUGUGGCAGCAGGCCUGCUCAGAUCCUAAUAAACUGCCAGACAGAGCCAUGCUGCUGGCUCAACAGAUGGGUUCUGCUGCUCUUGGGGGCACAAGUCCCCUGCACUCCUCCACAUCUAAUCUGGUCAUCUCAGACCCCAUACCGGGGGCUCAGCCGCUUCCUGUUCCCCCAGAGCUGGCCGUUUUUAUGGGCAGCGGUCUUGGACACCCAGCGAGGCUGAUGGGCCCUGAUGGUAUGUCGAUGGUCAAUGGGACAACAGGAGUUCACGGCGAGGAAUACUGGACAGAUGGGAGUACGAUGUCCGUGUCUCAAGUUAGACCCGCAUCCCCCCAAACUCAGGCACAGGGCCAGUCCCAGGUCCAGCCUCAGAGACAGGUCAGCGACGUCUAUUCCAACACCCUGCCUGUCCGUAGGCCUGCUCCAGCCAAGAAUAAAAACCCAGUGGGAGAGACGAGGACUCUGCCCAGGUCCAGUUCCAUGGCAGCCGGACUGGAAAAAAAUGGGCGCUCCCGUGUCCAAGCCAUCUUCUCCCAUGCCGCAGGCGACAAUAGUACUCUGCUAAGCUUCUCCGAGGGAGAUGUCAUCACCCUGCUAGUGCCGGAGGCCCGUGAUGGCUGGCACUAUGGAGAAAAUGAGAAAAACAAGAUGCGUGGCUGGUUCCCAUUUUCCUACACACGUGUGCUCCUUGAGAGUGAUGGCGACAAGCUCAAAGUGAAUUCCAGUCUUCAUCAUGGUAAAAGCAGCAGCACAGGGAACCUGCUAGAAAGCGAUGCAUCACUGCCCACACCUGACUAUGGCCUAACUGCUAGACUGUUGGCACAGAGCUUAGCACAGACCCGCCCACGCCCCUACAGCAUGGCAGGGUUUGCUCCACAGCCUGCCAUUGAGGAUUAUGACAGCCGCUUUGCCGCAAGUGACAGUCCUGAUGGCAAAUUGAUUUCGACUGUGUGAGAACAGACAUACAGACAGACACAGGCAGUUCCGGAUAGCACAGGGGCCUCCCCCCCUCCAUCUUUUCCUUCCUCUCCCCCUCCCCACCUGUCCACUUGUCUGCACCUCUGCCUCCACUCACACCCCUUCUCCGAAUGGAAGAAGCCAGUUUCAUCCCUCCUUUCUGUCCUCUCUUCCUCCCCGGGUCCCUCCUUUUCCUCCUCUGUCCGUCCUGGGUGCUGCUGCUUCGUCUGGCGUCGGUGUGGACAGUAGCGGCUGGUGGGUGGAGGAUUGCAUUGAGCGUGAAAUCCCGAGCGGGGCCUACCUGCUCAGCAUGCAGCGAUAUGGACUCUGAACACUCUCUGAUCUCAGUCUGCACAUCUCAGACUAUUUUCUCAAGAGACUGCCUUUGCAACUGCUCGUCUUUCAUGCAUGUACAUGGUUGUGUCAUUUUGUCAAAAACUAAAAGACAUGUUCAUGUACUGUUCAAGUGCCAAAGGACGUCAAUGUCGUUGUACUUAAGCCACUGAGAAAAUUGCCUUUUCUUAAGCACCAUGGGGGCCCUAAUACUGUUGAGUUCCCACCCAACAAACAUGCUGAAAAAGCUUUGUUUUAAGUAACGCUCAUUGUGUCAUUGCAAGAUCUUUUUGUCCAGAGGGUGUAUCAUAUUUGCCUUACUUUGCUCCUUUUCCUAAAGCUUCUGAUAUAUAUAUAUAUAUAUAUAUAUAUAUAUAUAUAUAUAUAUAUAUAUAUAUACACACACACACAAAUACACAUACACACAGUCAGUCUAAAAUAAAUGUGUGCUUGGUUAAACUUCACACCCUCAGUCUUAUUUAUUUAUUUCAUUUUCUUUUUUUUUUUGCAUUCCUGGCUAACUUGCUGCCAGAUUUUUUGGUUAGAUUAAAGUAUUCUAUCUUUUUUUUCCCCACCUGAAGCUGUACCAGUGAGCUUUUUAUCGACUGUCCUUAAAUUACAGCUGUGAAUAACAUGUGAUUUAAUAAUCAACACAGCUUUUUGCAGUUUUUCCAGAUUUUCUUUUUCUGAUUGUAUUCCCUGAGUGACUGUGCAGUGUUGGUUAUUUUUCUUUUAAAGAAAAAAAAAAAACAAUAAUAAACGCUGAUCUUGUAAAAUAUUUCCAGAAACAAUGAUAAACAUACCUAUGACCUGAAGUGUUUAUCUUAUGCAUGCUGUGGAGGGGAAAACCAGAAAAAUGUGACAAUAAAAAUUAACCUUGAAUGUAUGGUGACUUUUUACAAAGGUAUUCUAAAUAAAACACAUCUCUAUAUAUUAAUAAACGGUUCUGGUCUGACGAGGAAUCUUUUCUGCCCUCUGCUACUGAAGAGGCAUGUUCCUUGUUGCAGUGUUACUGCUUUUUUACACAAAAAAGUAACCUUUUGUGAGUAAUUCCGUUAUGGCUGUGUCCAUGCAUGUUUCACCCCCGGCUCCUUUCAUCUGUACUUGCUCUCUGUCAUUUGGGGGGUGGGAGGAUGGUAAGUGAAGGUGGUGUUGUGGUACAGUAUUUCUAUUGUGAGGUUCUAAACUUUUCCUGCCCGCAAACAUUACUUGAUUUUGAAUUUGUGCUUGUGUGAGAGUUGUAUUUGGUGUAAAGAAAGGACUUGUUUUCCAGUUGAUUUUGGUCCAUUCAUGGUAAAAUUUGUUUCCAUUAAGGUUGUGUAGAAUUGAAAAGGCAUGUGGAGCAUGAAGUGUUGCACUGCUGUUUUGCAUUUUUCUUUGAAAUAUUACCAGCUUACAGUAUGUUUGUCUUGCAUCAGACUAACAAUUGUUUUUACAAGUUGUUGCCUCAUGCAUGAUUUGAGGUGUGAACCAUUCAAACCCCAAGGUUCUCUUUACC